UCACCCACAUUUGAAGAGUCAGCCAAAUCGUUCCCUUAAUUAAGUCUCUGUCAUGGCUGCCACCUUCAAGCUCAUUUACACCAGUGCUUUUCUUCUUGCACUACUCUUUUCUCAUGGAAUUAUUUCCACUGAGGAAAGGCAGCUGAAGACCCAAAUAAGCAAGAAAUGUAGUCUGAACGUUUGUGAGAACAACGCGAGAGAAAUGGGAAGGAACCUGCGCCGUGGCAUUUUAGAUGAUGAUCAAGUUCGAAGCCCUGGUGUUAGCACUGUUGAAGCAAGCAGUACUGAUGAUUUCCGUCCCACUGAACCAGGCCACAGCCCCGGUGCUGGCCAUGCUAAAGGGCCUCGAAGCGCAGAUCCAAACCAGUAGAUUCAUAUAUUACGUGCAUGAUUACUACAUAAUAUUGUUCAUAAAAAUAAGUCAUGAUCAAGUACUAGUAGUGCUGUCUAAUAUUGUGGAUUAUUUAGAUAUUUGGAUUUGGUUUGCUUUAUCAUGCAUGCAUGAUGCUUAUGAUGUAUGUCCUAGCUCCUCGUUAAUGUAUUUGUAAUAUAUUGAUCCAUGGUAUCAAUCAAUUGAAAUAUAUAUAUAUUG